AUGUGCAAGAAGGCGGAGCUGAAAGGCUCGCUGAGCUGGAAACUUCCCGGUGACCUGCACUUGCAGUACCGAGGAGGUGGAGGUGUCCGAGAGAUCUUGCAGAUGCUGAAGCGCAGCGAUGGCUUCCAAGUCCUGGGCGUCAGUUACUUUGGGAACGAGCACGUCACAAAGCAGAUGGACAUCAGGAUCUACAAGCCGCUCUGGGAGGAGCUGUUCCAGGAGAUACGCCGGAAAUGCGGCCGCGCGGUGUUCUUCAUGGGCGGCUACUCGCAAAGGUAUGGCUACGGGCAAGUCUACGACGACAACAUGGGCACCAUCCGCGAAUGGAUCGCUGAUGCGGGCCUUGGCGUACGCACCGACUUCGAGAAGGUGCGCGACUGGCCCUUGGGCGACGCGCUGCAUUUCGCCGCGUCGGUCAAGGAUGAUGUGGUGAACUACUUGGCAGACCUGCUUUUGACUGCACCUCCCAUCAAGGGAGCGACUUGCGGCUACAAGAAACCGCAGCAACCGCCGUCAGCGGCAACAAGUCCAGCGACGGCGGGUGGUCGGCGGUGGGGCCGAAGGGCGGCGGCGAAGCCGGAUUUCCGCCCGGCAAGCGGCCUCUACAAGCAGGUGCGAAAGUGGGACCCCUUCGUGGAGGAAUACUUUACCGCCCACGUGGAGAUCCCGCUAGAACAGGUGGAGAUUGCGGCCGAAGUGGCGGAGAAGUUUGCGGAGGGCCAAUUCGGCGACAUCCUGGCAAACUUGGAAGGCGUCAAGCAUGCCAUGGGUGCGGAAGGGCUGACCUCGAUGGGGCGAUUCAUCCUGCACAGAGAGCUGUGCAUGAAGUGCGUGGCCAAAGAGAGCCCUGCGCCCGCAGAAGCAGAAAAGGCAUUUGCAACGUAUAUGCAACUCACAACAAUGCGUAUGCCGCAUCUCAGUGAGCAGGCGCAACGUCAUUUGAAGCAGCGACAAGUGCUGGCAAAGCCGCCCUCGCGGCCUUGCGGCGCAUACGGCGUGGACCAAGACGGUCCUGCCCAGCCAAUUCGACGCUGGACACGGCGAAGCGUUUGA